AUGAUUUGAUCAGGCUGCAGCUAAAAGGCCUUAGAACCAGCUGCAUUCAGAAGUCACGCAGAUACCAUGAGUAGCCCAGUAGUUGAAAUUAUUACAUAUAUUAAAAAACAUCAUUUUAAGACAGUGUGAAUCAUGUAUGAGUAAAGGCAGUAAAACAUCACUAAUGGGGACAGAGUAUAAAUGCAUUAGGUGGAAACAGAAACUAUUUCAUAAGUAGUAGAAGGUUUAUGUGUUUAGGUUUACAAGAUGAUGAAGGAAGGCUUGCAGACAGCUGUCCACAUGUUGUAGCUGUUUACGAUCACCAGGGGGCAGUGUCACUGACAACCGGGUUGAGGCCUACUACAGCUUCUACUUUCUUUCAGCUAGUCACCGAGAAGAGCGGAGUUAAAUCGAAACUGCAAUCGAGUGUUAAAAACUGUGAAAAGUGUCCAGUAGCGUCAUUUUCUGUGAUUUUCGGGCUUUUUUUUGAUCAACUUUAAUGUACACACGGAAGAAAAACGAACCGGUUAGCUAAGCGGUACUCUUAUUUUGAAACAGGAAACAAGGGAAAACGUCGCCAUGGUUACGGGUAGCAUUUGGCUAGCUUCUUAAAGACGCUCUUCACAUUUAUUUGCUCGAUACUGUAGUUUGAGUACUCAUAUACCAUGGAGGAGUCCGAUACUUACCACAUACGACCCAAUCAUCAGCAGAAGUUCAGGCCAGCUGUUGUGAAGGAGUGUAUUCGUGAAAUUGUGAGGGAGAGACUGUCUGGGGUGCAGUACAAUCCAGAGGAAGUCCCAGAGCUGACACGUUCACUGGCAGACUCUGUGAAGGACAAAGUAAAGAAUUCAGGAUUUGACAAAUAUAAGCUUGUUGUGCAGGUGGUCAUUGGAGAACAACGAGGGCAGGGAGUCAAAAUGUCUUCCAGGUGCUUUUGGGAUGCUGACACAGACAGCUAUGCAGAGGAUGUUUUCAUGAAUGACAGCUUGUUCUGUGUGGUAGCAGUUUUUGGAAGCUAUUACUACUGAGGAAGAGAGGAUGGACCACAG